CAGUCAGUCCCCAGCAGACGCGCUACCUGCCCGCCGAGCGACCGGCGCCCUCCUCGGCUGCAGCCACAUCACCGACGCAACCGGCCGCCCACGCCGACGACGCCCGUCAUCCCCUAUCAGCUGCACGCACAGAAACGUGAGAACGAUACUCAAGAUUGAAGCGGACGAAGACGAGGACAGGAAGAGAAGAGGAACUACAAGGAAGGCGUGGACAGGCCCUGUUGCUUCGCUUUUAGUUGCUUGACUGUAUUACCUGAAACCAAAUAUGCCGCCGAUCUACAUCGCGCCGAUGCCCAUCCUGCACCAGCCGCCGCAGCAGCGGCAGGGAGUCGGCAGCGGGGGCGGCGACGGCGGCGCCCCGCCGCCGGCCGGCCAGCAGCCGCAGACGCCGGGCGCCAGGGCGUCGUUCCGGCCGCCGUGGGUCAAGGAGGCGGCGGCCAGCAACUCCGUGCAGGCCGCGCCCUGGACGCUGGCCGCGCGCAGGGACAGCCUCACCAGGCCCAAGCCGCCCGUCGCAGACGGUCCGCAGCCGCCGCCCGUCACCCACAACACCGCCAACGCCGCCGCACCUGCCACUGCCAAGCAGCCGCCACCGCAGCAGCAGCAGCAGCCGCCCAAGGAGAGGACGGUGCCCAUCGUGAGGGAGGAGCCGAGGCCCAAGGAGAAAGUCGUCCCUAUAACGAGGGAGGAGCCCCGGCCCAGGGACAGGACUUCACUUCCGGCGUCCAACAGGGAGGAACCGAGGCCGACGCCACAGCCGCAACACACCUCGCCGCGGCAGCCUCAACCGCAGCCGCAAAUACUGCAAGCCCAGAACAGAACUACCCAGCCGCCGCAGCAGCAGCAGCAGCAACAACAGCAGCAACCAGUCCAGAAUAAGAUACAGCAGCAACAACCACCCCAGAACAAGGCCCAGCAGCAUCAGCCGGCACAACCAGUCCAGAACAAGGCACAACAACAGCAGCAUCAACCACCACAACCUGCCCAGAACAAGGCUCAACAACAUCAACCACCACAACCUGCCCAGAACAAGGCUCAACAACAUCAACCACCGCAGACAGCCCAGAACAGGGCUCAACAACAUCAACCACCGCAGCCAGCCCAGAACAGGGCUCAACAACAUCAACCACCACAGCCAGUCCAGAACAAGGCCCAGCAGAAUCAACCGCCACAGCCAGCCCAGAACAAGGUGCAGCAACAGCAACCACAAUCGCAACCGCAACCAGUUCCGAACAAGGUGCAGCAGCAGCCGCUGCAGAACAAGACGCAGCAACAGACUCCACCGACUGGACAGCCGCAGCAGCAACAGCAGCCACAGCAAAGCCCUGUGCGCAAGCAGAGCAAGAUAACCAUCAUUCCAUCGCAGCCGCGAGAGAACGGUCUGUCGCCUACUCGGCCGGCAAGCACCGUGGCGACGACAACGACGACGGCGACGCCCCAACCGCCGGGCCCGCCGAGAAAGACGUCGACGCCCGAGCAGGCCUCCGCUCCGCCGGGGCCUCCCACCAGGAAGGUCUCGACGCCGGAGCAGAGGCUGCGGCAGGACGUGAUCAACGCGGCGGCGUCCACCAAGGAGCAGCUGCGCCUCGCCAAGGAGCAGCUGGAGCACGUGCCGCGCCUCAGCAGGCUCCAGCGGCAGGACUCCAUUGGCCAGGAGCCACGGGUGCGCCCCAUACAGCUCGAAUCGCGACAGCGCUCUGCCCCUCCGAGGGAGGAGAACGGGCCUUCUAGCGUCGCCACGGCGCGAGACGACCUCAGGCCGGUAGCGAAGGAGGAGCCCAAGCCGAGAGAACGGACUUCACUUCCCAUUAACAACAGAGAGGAGCCCAAACCCAGGGAGAGGACGGUACAGGUGCAAAAGGAAGAGCCUCCGGCGCCCAAGCCGCGCGAGAAGCUUACCCUCGAAAUAAAUAGAGAACCCCCGCCGAAACCCAAAGUACCGUGGGAACAGCCCAAUCUCAGGAAAGUGGAGACGAAGAUGGACUCACCGACAAAGAAGGCUCCACCGACGCCUCCAAUUAUGGUGCAACUGAAACCGCCGGCACCACCACCGCCCAUGCCACCACCACCCAUGCCAAAGCCGCCGACCCAGCCACUGCCCCCAGAGAAAGCCGCCAAGCUGGAAGCCCUCCGCAGCCGGCCCCGGAAGCGGCCCGACUGGGGCGCCAUGAUGAAGGACAUCGAGCAGGGCAGGCGCCUGCGGCACGUCCAAUGCAACGACCGGAGCAGCCCGCUCAUCCCCAAGAUCAAGGUCAAGGACAAGUUCAUGUACGAGUCAGAGAAGGACACAGUGCACAACCAAUUGCUGAAGGAGAUCCAGAGCGGAGUCAAGCUCAAGAGGGUGGUCACCAACGACCGCAGCAAACCGCAACUCGAUGGACUGCGCAAGUUCCGGCGGCAGAUGACCAUCGAGGAGCAGAUCCAGAAGGCCGAGGUAGAGCCCGACGCCGCGGAGCCGGACGAGCUCGACGACAUCGAUAAGGUGCGCGACGACCUGCAGUCGACCAAGCAGAUGCUCGCGCUCGAACUCCGCAACAAGGAGGCAGUCGAGCGCGAGAACAAGCGCCUCCAGGCACGCGUGCUGGACUUGGAGGCGGAAGUGGAGAAGCUGCGGGCGCAGAUGCAGUCGGGCGGGCAGACUCCGGCGGCCAAGCGCUCGGAGGAGCAACAGGAGAUCAAGAAACUGCGGGAGCAGAUGCGCGAGGCGCAGAAGGCGACGGAGGAGCUGGAGAAGAAGUACCACGACACGGCGGGCCAACUGGACAUGACGCGGGCAGAGGUGGACGACCUGCAGCGCAAGAACCAGGCGCUCGAGAAGAAGCUGGCCGCGCUGAAGGAUAACCCGGGACUCGUGCUGUCCAAGCAGCCGUCCGCCAAGAAGGUGGGAGCCGCUGUGACCAACAACCAGAGGCCCGGCGAAGAAGACGAGGAGUCGGAGUACACGGAGGAGACCGAGACCGAGACGGAGUCCUCAGAGGAGGAGGAGAACGCGGAGAACGCGGCGGCGCUAAAGGAGAAGCGGCAGGCGCGCGAGCUGAGGCUGCUGGCGACGAAGCUGAAGAGCUACAAGGACAAGGAGGCGGCCGCCAGGAACGAGCGCAAGGCGCUGCGCGAACAGCUGCGGCGCGAGCAGAAGGCGCUGCGCCAGGAGCGCCACAAGUACCGCCUGCUGCAGAAGGAGGUCGACAAGAUGGCCAAGCUCAUGAAGGAGGAAGAAGACGACGAGGAAGACGAAGAUGAGGAGGAAGAGGAGAGCGAAACGGAAAGCGAAUCAGAGUCUGAGAGCGAGCAGUCCGAGGAGGAGCAGAGCGACGGAGACCUGGCGCCCGACGCGCCGCCGGAGAAGCGGAAGCAGAACCUCACGGAGAGGGCCAAGAGGCACGAGAACGCGCUGGCCGCCCUCAAGAAGGGCAACUUUCUGCUCAAGGCCAACAUCGACCGCCUCAAGGACGAGCUGUUCAAGCAGAAGGAGAUGUCGCUGACGCUGCAGGAGGACCUCAACUCCGUGCUGGCCGAGCUGGGCUGAGCUGAGUCCGGUCGGCCCGAGGAGGCGGGCAGCUCCGAGUGGGGGCGCUGCGACACGAACGAAGACUGCUGUCUCUCCCUGGACACGCCGAGACUUUGCGGGUUGGACGCUCCAGUGCACCACCUGCCGAUUCCGAGGAUGCAGCAAAUACAUGACCUGCUCCAACAUUCAGAGUUAGCUUUAUUUCCAAAUACGACCAGAGCAAGUUUAAAAAUGCUCAUUUCUGAUCAGUCGACACUAACAACAUGCAGUCAGUGUCGUGGCAGUUGAUCGUAGUCAUCUGGUCCCUGUCUUUACUGACGCUAGUUCCUACUUCGAGGUUAACACGAGGCAGGCACUCAACCGUCACACGUUUCUCAUUACUAUUACGUUUCCGCAGCUGGAUGCCGUCCUCUCACCACAUCAUUCUGAAGUAAGUUGGGAGUGUCAUCUACGACACCUGUCUGCAGAUUUUCUUCUGUUUGGUUUAAUAACCUGUGUAGUUUUUUUUAACCAGAGAUCGGAAAUUGGCAAUCGGGCAUCUGCUUCUUAAGAGUUCUGACAACCACAGCCAGAAUAGUCAAUGUAUUAGUUUCAACAGCCACGAGGACAGCUCACCUCCACGUCAUGGAAGCCAUUGCUCUAUGAUAUAAUCUACACAAGCAGGUUAUUCCAAUAUUACUUACUUAAUCAAUAUCCACGUUAACCGUCAUUAUGCUUCAGUACAAUUCACAAGUAACCAGAACUAUUCCUGGCAGAAAACAACACAUGAUUUUAAGGAGAAAGCAUAUAUGAAUAUGUUUGACUCUCACUACAAAAAUCUUUGCUCGGUUCCUCACAGAGCACAACAUGUGAAGUGGCAUACAGCCUAACUUAGUGCAUACUAUAAAGAUGAAUAUUAGUUAUUUUUUUCUUUUCGACCCCAAAGCCUGGCUAUAGUCUCACUGCAACCUUAUUUCUUGCAGCAGUGCCAGUUCUUCAGGGAUCAUGUGAACACCCUAGACCUGAAUGGAGGUGGCACUGUCUUUCAAAGUGUAUAUAUUUGACGAUCUCACUCGUAAGCUCAGUCUUCACAGUAUAUAUCCAGUUUUUGGUCUGUUACAGAGAGGGAAUUUGAUUCUCCAAAUAUGGGUUGAUACCCAAUAGUAUCUCAGAAACAAAUCAGACAAUCCAAUCCAUUAUACUCGAGCAUAGUGUGUAAGCAAAGGCAAGCAGAAAAACAGAACUGUAGACAGCACAAUCUUCUCACUUCACUACCAUUCAUGAUUCAUUCUGAUGAAACUGCAUUUAUCCACCUUCUUCUUCUUCUUCCUCUAGUUUCUGAGUCAAUGCCUCCUUCCCACUCUCAAACGGAAAUUUCACUAAUAUCCCCCGAUCUCCACAGAGGUUCUUUGUCUUACAUCUUACCAUGCUAACAAUCACAGAAAAUGAUAUGUAAGACAGUUUUAAAAUAUUUAUUACGUUUACUGCAGCUGAGUUCUGUAAGAGUGGAAUUACUGAUGAACUAUAGUAGCCAGUUUUAUAGAUGUGUCUUCAAGAAACUAUCUCACUGAUAAAUCUGCAUUAUGGUAUACUGCAUACGAGCCACACCACUGAUAUGCUGUACUCAUGGAAACAGCAGCAGUGUCACAAAGCAUGAAAAGCAAGAAUAACAGGAGUGCAGUGUAUUUGCAACAUUCUCCAAAAGCAGCUCAUUUCAUUGGCAGAAGAAAGAUGAACACAAACAUUCCUUAGACACAUAACUCAAACAAACGAAUUUUCAAACUAACAAGCUUAUGUCUUUUUGAAGUUUUCAAGCUACAAUAUGUUUAUAGUUUACGAUGAACAUAAAAAAUAACAAAACUCACUUUACUAUGUAUAUCCAAGAAAUCUAUUACAGCUCUUCACUGACACCACAUCAUAAACAUUUUCUGUAUUGGACAUAUUAAGUGACAAAAUAUGUGGUCCUGGCUGUGUUCAAGCUGCAAAGUCUACAUUGAACUCUCGACCGACAUGUUCUAACGUCUCUGAUCGAUGAGACAUACGGACCUAUUCUUUUUUUAAAAAAAUGUUGUUUGUGCAAUGUGCUGUACUAUAGAAACUUUUAUUGUAUGUGAAUGAUGUAAGGAAUAUAUGCAGAGAAUGUAUCCCACAACCACGAAUACAGAACGUAAAAUAUUACAUAUGGCAAUAUCGUCCUCUAGUCACUGUUGCUUUAAAAGUACCAAAAUGAAAACCACGCAAUAAUAAUUUGAAACGUUCAGACGGUUAUCACUCAAAUGAUAAAGCACUUCAAGAAUAAAUGAAUAUUUAAAUUUUUUACACUGAUAUGUUCCUUUGAAGUAACUGUAGAGGAAAUUAAUUACCGAUGCUUCUACUGAAGAUACUUUUUCUGAAACAAGGCUUAGAACUCUUGACACAAUCUUCAUUUAGUAGCAACCUCUUAAUUAUACACUGGUAAUGCAGUGGGUACUUGGUAUUUUGUGCAAAUACUAAUGGACCAUUUCUUUUCUUACCAAUUACAGUUAACUGCAGAAGUUGAUAUUUUUCUGUAACAAUUAAUCAGAUUGUAAGAUCUGAUGAAAAUGAUUAUAGUGUUAAUUAAGCAUCCCUAAAAUAAUGGGACACAUUCUUGGCAUUUUUAUACAUGUGAAUGGUCUCAAAACAGAGUGUAUUUAAUUCCUACUGAAAGAAAAAUUUAAAAGUUUGUAUUUUUGAUGUUUUUAUAUGUUGAAAUUCAGCUUUAAGUGAUAUUAGUAAUAAAAAAUGCUCUUAGCUGUUUAACAAGAA